CCCCUGGAAACUAACAUGCAAAUCCAGAAUAAAAAUACUACGAGUUAGAGAAAUUGUAUUAAUAUAUGAAUAAUCUUCCUUUUUGCGUUGUUAUUGCAUGCGCCUUACGAGUUACCCUUUGAAACCAUUCGCGAUUUUAAAUUAUCUGUGCAGUGUCUGGAAUACACAUUUGUUGCGGUUGAAGUAAACACAUUUCUAUCAAAGUCGACAUUAUAUUGGGAACUAAAACGCUAUUCGGGACACAGUCGUGCGUUUAGAGAAAGUGCGUUGAACUUGGUGGCAGAGUUCACCCGACACUCCGACAGCAUGAAGUCCGCAGAUGAAGAUGCGUACAGUUACGGCCAAAACACCAGCAUCUCCCUGUCUCAGAGCAACCCGUGCCCACCCUCCCAGUACCACAAUCUCCAAAGCAGCUCUUCCAUGUCAAUAUCCAUCAGUCAGCCAUCGUCUUUUCCUCCCCAUGACGACAUGAGCACAGUGGGCUACUUCCAAACAUCUGGGCCUCGGUCUAACGGAGCACCUACGCUGGAGAGUCCUCGCAUUGAGAUCACAGCCUAUGGGCAGUUCCCAGAGGACGAAGUGGAGGAGAACAGCAUCCCUGUUGCCAAGCGAGUCAAUUCCAUUGUGACAUUAACAUUGCCCUGCAUCGAUGGUUAUCGUGACCCCAGUUGCCUCAGCCCGGCGAGCAGCGUGUCCUCCCGUAGCUGCCACUCGGACGCAUCAUCGUACGAGUCAGGCUUCUCAUACAACUACGACAACUCGCCGCAAAACUCCCCCUGGCAGAGUCCCUGCGUCUCCCCUAAAGGUUCGUUGCAGUCUUGCACCCUAAGUGCUUCUCCAAGACAUUCUCCGUCUGGUUCUCCCCGCACCAGUAUCACUGACGAUAGUUGGAUGGGCCCUCGAGGAUCGCGACCAAAUUCCCCUUGUGGUGGUAAAAGGAAGUACAGCUUUAACGGCGGUCAGUCGCACAAGUACCAUCCAUACUCACCAAACCAAUCACCGGGGCUGUCGCCUCAAACUUCUCCCCGUCUUAGCGUGACAGAGGACACCUGGCUGCCCAACACCAAUCAAUACACCAACUCCGCCAUCGUGGCUGCCAUUAACGCCCUCACCACCGAUGGAUUAGCAGAACUUGGGGAAGGGAUCCCUUUGAAGGCCCGGAAGACCAGUCUGGAGCACAACGCCUCAAUGAACCUGAAAGUGGAACCAGGUGGAGAGGAGACCGGAUCUCUGGAGCUUUGCCAGGACGAAUUCUCCUCAGCCCGUCUGCCCUUCAAAAAAGAAACGUAUUGUAGUGGCUUCUUGGACGUUCCCCAACACCCAUAUUGGUCCAAGCCAAAGCCUUACAUGAGUCCAUCUUUGCCUGCUCUCGACUGGCAGUUGCCUUCUAGUUCAGGACCCUACAGUCUACAGAUUGAAGUUCAACCCAAAUCUCAUCAUCGUGCUCACUAUGAGACUGAGGGCAGCAGAGGCGCUGUGAAAGCACUAGCAGGGGGACAUCCAGUGGUCCAGCUUCACGGCUACAUGGAGAGUGAGCCUUUGACCCUGCAGCUGUUUAUCGGGACGGCAGAUGACCGUCUUCUGCGGCCUCACGCCUUCUACCAGGUUCACAGAAUAACCGGAAAGACCGUGUCCACCCCGAGCCACGAGGUCAUGCAGUCCAACACCAAAGUCCUGGAGAUUCCUCUGCUGCCCGAGAGCAACAUGAGGGCCAUAAUCGACUGCGCUGGAAUUCUCAAGCUGCGAAACUCAGACAUCGAACUCCGGAAGGGAGAGACGGACAUCGGACGGAAGAACACGCGUGUGAGGAUGGUUUACCGUGUUCAUAUCAACCAACCCAACGGCAGGACUGUGUCCUUACAGGUGGCAUCCAACCCCAUCGAGUGCUCCCAGCGCUCGGCACAGGAGCUGCCCCUCGUGGAUAAACAGAGCAUGGAAAGCUGUGGUGCCUCUGGAGGGGAACAGAUCCUUCUCAGCGGACACAACUUCCAGCCCGACUCCAAGGUGGUGUUUGUGGAGAGAGCACAAGAUGGCCAUCACAUAUGGGAAAUGGAAGCCAAAGUGAACAGAGAGUCCUCCAAAUCUGUGUCUUUGCUUGUGGAAAUUCCACCGUACCGCAACCAAAGAAUAUCCAGCCCGGUUCAAGUGAAUUUCUACGUGUGCAACGGCAAACGAAAGAGGAGCCAGUACCAGCGCUUCACAUACCUGCCUGCAAACGUUCCAACCAUAAAAACAGAGCCGCACGACGACUACGACCUCCCCCAGGUAUGUACGCCGCUGCAUCCCGCCGGGUUGGCUUUGCAUCCAAAGCCCUACUACAGCACUCCAUCGUUGACCCCCAUGAUGCCCUCAGAACUGCGGCCCUGCGUCACAAGCGCAUUCGGAAGCAGCCCUCAAAGACUGGCGGCAAAACCCACCUCCCUCUCCUGUUCGUCCUCCCCAAGCACCAGCCCCAAACUACAGGAUCUCUCUCCACCUCACCUUUCCACUAAGUGCCUACCUGCAGGAUCCAACCUAGGGCCUCAGUCUCCGACAAUCCCACACGUAUCCGCCAUUCAGCCAACUCCCAGACACUACCCACAGCUUGACCUUUACCCCACGGGAAGCGCCGCGUCCUCUCCGGGGUCCAAUCCUUCCACCCCGAACUCAGCUCCAGAUCUCCCCUUCACUCCUAACCACAGUUUGACCCAAUCACAAGCCACAAGCGAUGCCUCAGCGCUAGCGGCUCUGAUAACCAAAGGACCGGUGAGGGGUGGAUCGUCCCCCCUCCUGCAGGAAGAUGGAGAAACCCCCACCAUGCUGGCUGUCAGCAUCAAGCAGGAACCGCAGGAACUGGAUCAGAUGUACCUCGACGAUGUUAAUGAAAUCAUCAGGAACGAUCUCUCCAGCAUCUCCGUGCACAGCCAUGCGUAGCAGCAAUCACAGACUCCUACAUACUGAAGGACAUCUUACAGAAGAUCACCAAGGCCUGACUUUAAAAACCAUCAAUUCACGAACAAACCUUUUGUUCUCAGAGAUUCACUUAAUGUGUGGCCAUCAGAACUGGCUAAACUCAACUUGUUCUAUUUCCACGGGGGACUUAAAGCACAGAAAAGUGCACUUCGCUCCAAAACGUAUCAGCGCAUCCUGCCAAGACAGAGUGUCUGCUCUCAUGGACCAAAUCCUUUCCCUUUUUUCUCCUAUAUACUCUCUUGUACUCGUGUAGCUUUUUAAAUUAUUACCGUAAGUGCAGUUUGACCGCCUUCUCUGUCAUGUAUAUUUCUGAAAAGAAGAUUUGCGUCCAUUCAAGACAAACUUGAGUACGGCCACAAAUCAGUAACUUUGCAGGCCAAAACCAGACAUGCAGUUGACACGUGCACGGUUCUAAAUUAUAACCUAAGCCUUUUUGUUUGGAUGUGUGUGUGUGUGUUUGUGAAUGCAGGUGCGCGCUCUCUUUUGUUUAUAUGUUUUUUUUUAUAUUUCAUCAUUCAAUGGCACAAUUAAUUGUGGUUAAAUGAAGUAUCUGUUCCUCGUGAAGAAGAAACUAUUGACGACGGAUUGCCUUUGUGGGGAAAUUUGUAAAAAUAUCUUUUUGUAAGCCCGAGAGGCCUUAUUGACUUGCCUUAACCUUAUGCCAGAUUGUAGUUUUGUUCUUGAUUCGACAGCAGAUGUCUGUGUCCACUCAUGUCUGAAAAGCCAUUCCAAUGUUUAUAGCUUUUUACUAUCAGGUAUGAUUACACGUUAACUGGAAUUUGUAUGAAUAGAAUAGACUAGAAUAGAAAUUAUUUAUUUGGAGUGAGCUGGAAUUCAUCAAACGCAAGCCAUAAGGGACGUAUAGCAAAUCUAUUCCCUCAUCUGUCACAUUUCAGUGGUAGUUACCCGAGAAGGACUGGGCUGGCAUUGUCAACCAUUCAAUAUUAUUCUAGCAAGACAAGAUUUUUUUCAGAUUAGGCUCCGCUCUGUUGAACUGCCUUUGAACAGCUAAAUAUACAUUUCACUAUAACUGCCUCUUUGACCUGAUGGUUUACUGCACUGUGCCUUAAAGUGUUUUAUUAAGCAGGAAUACUUUUGUAUGUAUUUUUUGUCCUCUCUAAUUAUAAAUGUAAUGCAUGUUUCUCAGCAUAUAAUGAGAUUUCCUAUACAUUGUAUCCUUCGUCUGUAGAGCGUUAGGCAAUAUAUGCACUUUAAUUUGUAUUUUUCUUUAAUGGGAUCUCGAAAAUACCACAUUGUUUUCUUUUGUUGCCGUUGAUGUUGUUGUUGCUUUUUGACAAUCAGACCUAAUUUACAAAGGGGAUAUAUUCUUCCAAAGGGUAUCGACAAUCAAAUUGAUGAUAGCUUUUCUUUCACAUAUAUGUAUUCGAUUUACCAAUGCUAGUCACAUUUUUACGGAGCAUUAUCAUUUCAGUACCAAAUAUGCAAAAUAAAAUCAUGCUUUGUUGGCUCUUUUAGAGGU